AUGUUGCUGCAAUCAGAGACGUCAGCAACAGGGGGGGGGGGGGGGAAUGGCUUCAGAAAUAUAGAUCGCACUGAAAAGACAACUUUGGAAGGAUCUUUAUGGAGUGAUGGACCUGGAGUAAUAGGGGCUAAAGACGGAAAUUCUGAUGGAGAUGAAAUGGAAAAGAAUAGUUCAGCCAUCAAGGAGAAUACCCAAUUCCUUCAGCAAGCCAAGGAACAAAGAUCGGUUACUCCAGAGACUCAGAUCAGAUGUGUCGCCAAGAACCUCGUGUUCUUUUGUCUCAAGAAGAGCCCUUUAAUGUUUAAAUUGAUGUUUUUGCCCUUAUGGAUUUGUAGGUAUUUGAUUCCAGAGCUUGGACCAUGUUCUCUUAUGAUAACAUAUUCUGCACAUAAAGAUUUGAGUGUAAAAUUCCAGAGUCAUCGUAGCAGGGACUAUACAAAUCCUAUGCUUCCUGUUGCAUCUUCAGCAAUAGAUGCUACUGGUCAGUUUGUUACUUUUGCAAUUAAGUUUAGGUUUAGAUGGAAAGAAGAAUGA